CGCGGGACUGCUGGAAGGACAGUUCAUUUUACCUAGGAAAGGAAAACGUGUUCACCACUUGAUCGCGCAUAUUUUUCCUGUGCCGCGUGUCGAACGUCGAUCAACUACUUAUCAAUGGUUCAUCGGUUAAUCCUGCCGCGCGACAUGUCAUGUGAAUAACUCGUCGUGCGUUUCUGACGUGUUAUGGCGUGGAAGUGGUGGUCAACCAUUCCAGUGGCAUCGUUCUUGUCCGACGACAUCGGGAUAUAUUGCCGCAUUGACGGCUAGCUGUGUUAAGUUUCCGUAGAAACAUGAAGAUACCUCCCCUGUCAUGACCCAGUAUCGCGGACACGCGUGUGGAUGAGGGUAAAUCAUCUUAGUGAGAGGGAUGUCUGAAAGCGACGGAGAACAAGUAGCUCGGUCGGUGGCCUUGGAGCAAGCCUAUGUCCAUGAAGUUUACGAACAAUGUGCCGAAAAGACAGUCCAAACUAGACAUUGGCCACGAAUCUAUCAAUUUCUCGAAGAAUUGGAACCAGGAGCCCUUGUCUGCGACAUUGGUUGUGGCAACGGAAAGUACUUGAGCGUUAAUCACAGCAUCUUUAAGGUAGGAGUGGAUCGGUGUAAGCGUUUCACGGAUAUAGCGCGUGAAAAAGAAAAUGAGGUAUUGAUUUGUGAUAAUUUAGCUCUACCAUUUCGAGAUGAGAGUUUCGACGCAGUCCUCUCGAUCGCUGUUGUGCACCACUUUGCAACAACAGAGAGGCGGGUACAUGCACUGAAAGAACUUGCGCGGGUGUUGAGGAUCGGGGGUCGACUGGUCAUAUCAGUAUGGGCUAUGGAACAAAAACAUAGGAAGUUCGAAUCUCAAGAUGUCUUGGUUCCAUGGCCCAAAGCGUACUGCAUUAACUCAAUACCAAAUAGAUCGAAACGGUUGGGUGCAUCACACGGCAGUGAUUUACACUUCAAUCAAAAUGCUCAAAAAUUCCUAUCAUCUUCUAAAAGGAAUAGUCAACGAAAAUGUAAAAGCAAGAGCUAUUGGAUCGACCCGAUAUUCAGUCCAUCACCGUCAACCAGCAGCCUAUCCAGUCCAAAUGAAACUUGCUACAGCUUUUUUCGUCGUGCAUUGCAGAAAUUAGCAGGAGGUAGACGUGGGUCUGGAAGUCGACCUUGGUUUUUGGACAGUUGGCAGAGCGGCAGUGGUAAAAGUCGUAAAGACUAUGAACAAGAAGAACCGCCGGACGUAGACGAGUUACCCAUCGAGUUACGUCGCGUUGAGGAUGUUAACGUGACGUUAAACAAGCAGUCAGAUUCUCUGAGUAUCAAAUCUAAGAGUCUGGGUGAUAUUUUGGAGAUUCAGCGACUGGACCUCGUACGAUCUAGAUCCAGUAUUCCUGGCUUGUGUUCCAUGUUGACAUCCGAAUUGAAUCUGGACGGGGAAUCCAGGACGUCAUCGUCGAUGAGUGGCUCGAAGCCACGACUGGUCAAGCAGAAAUCUCAUCUCAUGGACGACACCGGUUUGGAAAAUCCUGAUAACACUGCCAUUCAAGAACUAUCUAAGGACAUUCCAGACUUUCAGGUAACACCUAGUCACUAUUCGAAACGGGGAAGUAUUCUAAAACAGAGCUCGAUGAACGAGGAGCUAAUGUCUACCGAUAGGUUAGAAGAAAAAGAAAGGGUACGAAGGAACAUAAUGAAACAGGCAUCUCUAAACGAGGAUAUUAUCUGCAAGGGGAAAACCUUUGAAUCUCUCAGAGACUCUCUCUAUUCUGUAAACGCGACAAAGAGAUUUCAACUAUUGAAAAGUGGCCUUACGAACAAGAUCAAACAAUCUACGACUAACAUUGAGGUAUCCAGUAUAUCAAUUAAAAAUGGGUUCGUAAAAAUUCUACAAGGAUGGAAGUCCAGUGAAAAUGAAACAUCGGCGACACCGAAUGAUGAAGCAUCUAGAAUGAAAAACAACGACGCUAAGGUUCAGCCUGUAACUAUGCCGAAGAAAGAGACAGAAGGCAUUGAAAGACGCUUAUCUCGCGAGGAUGGUUCAGACUCAUCGAAAGACAGCAGUUUGCAAAGUGAUACAAGCGUUGAUUCCGAGGACAGUUUCGCGUCCGUGAUUUACGUGCCAAAGCAGGACGCUCAACCAAUAACGGAAGUUAUUAUUCCAGCUUCGAGUUGUCACCAGCUGGGAAGUAUUUCAGCACCCACUUCACCGCGCGUCAAACAACCGCCUGAAACAUCUAACUCAAGAUUAAAGAUCAUUUCCUUAUCACCAUUGCUCAAACAGUUCCCAGCCACUAGUAAGUCCUUACCUCCACCUAGUCCGCCUGGCCUAUCACCUUCUACUUUAAACUCUGUAUUUACCAGGCCAUUCUUUGGCCCAAACACUGUUGUCAGUCAACAACCAUUGCCUGGGGAAAAGACUAUUAGUUUGAAAAAGGCCGAAGUUUUGAAUAAUGGCUAUCAUCAGUCAAAUAAUGAAGACUUGCAGGGUAAUAAUAGAAAUAUGGAGAGCGAGAUUUGUGGAAGAGAUAAUUACCUGGAAAGGAAAAAGCCUAGCUUGAAGACUGUACGUGCUUAUAGAUCCAUGACUGAAAGCCUGGAGGUGGAAGAACCGAAAAUUGUUAAAGAUACUACUCCACUUUUACCUACUGUGGAUGACAGUCCUGAUAUAUCAUUGCAGGAGAAGAAUAUCUCUGAGAUCAAUAAAGAGGAAGACAGCCGUAAAGCUAGACUGAAUCAGAUCAAAGAACUGUUAAAACAGAAACCUGGUUUUGCAACUAGAACCAAACCAUCAUUUCCUCUAGUCAGAAGAGCUUCGACGACAGCUAGUGGUCGCUUAGAAGCCGUUACCAAAGUUCUACCACGGUUGCUUUCAUUAGAGUUAUUCAAUCCUGAAACUGAUGACUUGGAUAGUGAUUCUAGUGGAGUAUCUUCGCCUGAUUCAGUGGGAUCUGUGAUCAGUGUGAUCUCCGAUGAGAGGUACAUGGCUAAGAAAGAUAACAACAAGUCAGAGUGCACUGAAUCUGAAAUACUGGACAGUUCAGCUGAAAAUGUGUCUGACCCCAGUGAUAUAACAGCUGACGAAUCAUCAGGGUACAUAGCUGAUUCUAAGGAAGAUGAAACAAAGGCAACAGGAGAUAGUAGUUCGUCUCAAUCUUCUAGGCUCCUAGAAGCUGCAGCUAAUGUCGCUAGUUCUUUGGAGGAUGCCGUGGAAACAGCCAUUACAAAAACGCACAGUAAAUCAUAUUCCAUGCAAACAGCACAACAAGAAGGUAUUGAAAAUUCAAUUACCAAUGAAAAUAAGGUUAGAACGAAAUCGGAUAUUCAGUUACCGGAAGUGGAGGACACUUGGAACGAAGAAUGCCGUAAACAUCUGAUAGACUUCACCGAGAAGCUCAGCGAAAACUUGAUGCAUGAGUUAGAUGAAAAUAAGAAUGACCAAAAGGUUUUAGAUGAGCCAUUCCUUCUAAGAAAAGACUUAGAUAAACGCAAUAUCGAAUGCGUACCUACCUAUGACAUUCCUUCAUCGAUAUCUACCAAAUCUAAGUACAACGAUUUAUCCAACACAAUUGCUUGGCUAAGUAACACUAAUAAUGGGUUCCCUGAAGAUGCAUUGAUGCACAGAAGUACAUCAGAUGAUAUAAUGGACUUCGUCGUGGUCUCUAAUACCGGUGAAUUUAUGAAUGAAAAAGAUACAGUUUCCUUAGACAAGCAUUCUUCAGAAAAACCCUACAUGAGAAGCUCAAACUCCAUGGAGUCCAGUGACAUUGGUGAAUCCAUUGAUAAUACCAUCAGCUUUAGCGACGGGAGCCACGCGGAGUCUACAGGAAGAUUAUGUAGUAGCAUGAUGUCAUUGCUAUCAAACACCACAGAGUACCCAAAGUCGUAUGCUGAAAAACGGAGGCUUCAAUUACAAAGGAGGUCCGCCUCCGAAGAAACACCACCUAGGUACCCAGGCAGUAGCAAACGUAGCACUGAUUGUUUAGUUACCACGACAGGAAGCAACGAUUCUCUUAGUGGAUCUUCGUCCCAGGAAUCCUUACCGUCCGAUCGUGGAGGUGGUGCCAUUACCUAUCAUCAGUACUACCACGUGUUCAGAGAGGGCGAGCUGGACCAACUGAUUAAUAAAUACGUGGAGAACUUGCAUAUUAUUUCGUCCUACUAUGAUCACGCGAGUUGGUGUAUUGUCGCAGAGAAGGUGCAGGUCUGGACUAUAUGACUCGAGGCGGACGCCCCUGUCCCGUUUUUACGCAGAGCGUCGCGCCUCGUGCG